GCGGAGGCGGGAAGCCGGGCUCGGGCCAGGCCGGCCUCGGGGCGGCUGUGGCCGCGGAGCAGCAGGCUCGGCGCCACACCGAGGGCUGGAGGCGGCGGCGAUGCACUAGGCCUCGCUCUGGGCGGCUGCCCGGACCCGCAGUUGAGUGGUGAUUUUAUGCAAUGGCUUCAAGCCACAGUUCUUCACCAGUGCCUCAAGGAAGCAGCAGUGAUGUUUUCUUUAAAAAGGAGGUAGAUUCAACCAAACACAUUCGACCUGUGCAGUCACUGCCAGAUGUGUGUCCCAAGGAACCCAGAGGUGAUUCAACUAGUUUAUGUGUUGCCCCAUCUCUAGUUACAGAUCAACAUAGGUGGACUAUAUAUCAUUCCAAAGUAAAUCUCCCAGCAGCAUUAAAUGAUCCUAGAUUAACAAAAAGAGAAUCUGACUUCUUCACAAAAACAUGGGGAUUGGACUUUGUAGACGCAGAAGUCACACCUUCAUUCUACCUCCCACAGAUCAGCAAAGAACACUUUAUAGCAUAUCAACAGGAAAUCUCUCAGAGAGAGAAGAUUCAUGAGAGAUGCAAGAACAUUUGUCCUCCUAAAGAUACCUUUGACAGGACUCUUUUACAUACUCAUGAUAAAUCCAGGACAGAUCUGGAGCAAGUACCUAAGAUUUUUAUGAAACCAGAUUUUGCCUUGGAUGAUUCCUUAACUUUUAAUUCAGUUUUACCAUGGUCUCAUUUUAAUACUGCUGGUGGAAAAGGUAAUCGUGAUGCAGCCUCCUCAAAGUUGCUUCAGGAAAAGCUGAGCCAUUAUCUGGAUAUUGUGGAAGUAAAUAUUGCUCACCAGAUCUCUCUGCGUUCAGAAGCAUUUUUUCAUGCAAUGACCUCUCAACAUGAAUUGCAGGACUACCUCAAGAAAACUUCCCAGGCUGUAAAAAUGCUUCGAAAUAAAAUUGCACAGAUUGAUAAAGUAAUGUGUGAAGGAUCACUACAGAGUUUAAGACUGGCACUUACCAGAAAUAAUUGUGUUAAAGUAUACAACAAACUGAAGUUAAUGGCCACUGUACACCAAACUCAGCCUACAGUACAGGUGUUGUUAUCCACUUCUGAAUUUGUUGGAGCAUUGGACUUAAUAGCAACAACUCAAGAGGUUCUACAGCAGGAACUUCAGGGCAUUCACAGUUUCCGGCAUUUGGGAUCACAGCUUUGUGAAUUAGAAAAACUGAUAAGUAAAAUGAUGAUUGCAGAAUUUUCUACUUAUUCUCACAGUCACUUAAAUAGACCAUUCGAAGAUGAUUGUCAAGUUUUAGAAGAGGAAAGAUUAGUAUCGCUUAUAUUUGGACUUUUAAAACAAAGAAAACUUAAUUUUUUAGAAAUCUAUGGUGAAGAAAUGAUUAUUACAGCAAAGAAUAUCAUUAAACAGUGUGUGAUUAAUAAAGUUUCACAAAUAGAAGAAAUAGACACUGAUGUUGUUAUGAAGCUAGCAGAUCAAAUGAGAAUGUUGAAUUUUCUCCAGUGGUUUGAUCUAUUAAAGGAUAUUUUUUCUAAGUUUACAAUUUUCCUACACAGAGUUAAGGCGACAUUGAAUAUCAUUCACAGUGUUGUUCUCUCAGUUCUUGAAAAAAACCAAAGGACUAGAGAAUUGGAGGAGAUUUCACAGCAGAAGAAUGCUGCAAAAGAUAAUUCACUGGACACAGAAGUGGCUUAUUUAAUCCACGAAGGCAUGUUUAUAAGUGAUGCAUUUAAUGAGGGUGAAUUAGCAACUGUAGCAGUUGACACUACCUCUCAAAGAAAUGUAUCUCCAAAUAGUGAGCCCUGUAGCAGUGAUUCGGUAUCUGAACCAGAAUGUGCUACUGAUUCUUCAUCCAGUAAAGAGCAUACAUCGUCAUCUGCUACUCCAGGAGGUGUGGAUAUUGUGAUUAGUGAAGACAUGAAAUUAACUGAUGUAGAGCUAGGAAAGCUGGUAAAUAAUAUCCAGGAAUUACUGUAUAGUGCCUCAGACAUAUGCCAUGAUCGAGCUGUCAAGUUUCUCAUGGCAAGAGCAAAGGAUGGUUUUCUCGAGAAACUAAAUUCCAUGGAAUUUAUAACACUUUCCAGAUUAAUGGAAACAUUCAUUUUAGACACUGAGCAUAUCUGUGGAAGAAAAAGCACGUCAUUACUUGGAGCACUUCAGAGCCAAGCUAACAAGUUUGUAAAUAGGUUUCAUGAAGAAAGAAAAACCAAGCUCAGCCUUCUCUUGGAUAAUGAGCGCUGGAAGCAAGCUGAUGUUCCAGCAGAAUUUCAGGAUCUUGUUGAUUCUAUAUCAGAUGGAAAGAUUGCUUUACCUGGAAAGAAACCCAGGACUACAGAAGAAAGGAAGCCAGCUGAAGUUCUUAUUGUUGGGGGACAACAGUAUGCCGUUGUUGGGACUGUAUUGCUGUUAAUAAGAAUUAUUCUUGAGUAUUGCCAGUGUGUGGAUAACAUCCCAUCUGUUACUACUGACAUGCUUACUCGUCUGUCAGAUUUACUGAAGUACUUCAAUUCAAGAAGUUGCCAGUUAGUUCUUGGAGCUGGUGCAUUGCAAGUUGUUGGACUAAAAACAAUAACUACAAAAAAUUUGGCUCUCGCUUCACGAUGUUUGCAGUUAAUUGUGCACUACAUUCCUGUGAUCCGGGCUCAUUUUGAAGCUCGACUACCACCUAAGCAAUAUAACAUGCUUAGGCAUUUUGAUCAUAUCACUAAGGAUUACCAUGACCACAUAGCUGAAAUAUCAGCGAAGCUUGUAGCGAUAAUGGACAGCUUAUUUGACAAGCUGUUAUCAAAGGUUGUUAAGCAAAGUGAUGUUCUACAAAGAAUUCUCAACUAUAAUGGGAGGGUAUUUUAGGAAAAUAUCAUUUAAUCACUACAGUAGCUCUAAAAUGAUGCCCAUUUAUAUACAUUGACAUGUCUAAUCCUUUGAAAAUGACAUUCACAAAGGAAUGUUUGGAAAGUAAAACUGCAGUGGUAUAAUAGUUCUUAAGUUUCAAUCAAUAGAUUCUUUGUAUCCUUAAAAUUAAUUGAGGACUUUUGUUUAUGUAAUUUAUCAAUAAGCACACCAUAUUAGAAAUUAAAACUAUGCUAUUUUAAAACACAAGAAUAUGCGAAACAUACCUUCUGUUAGUCUUCAAAAUGAUAACAUCAUUACAAGUCAUCUAAAAAUCCCCACUAUUUAAUCAUGAAAGAGUGACAGUACAAAGAGAUAAUUAAGGUCUUAGUACUAUUAUGAAAAUGGUUUCUAUUUACCAGCUUCCUUGAAAGGAGCUGUGACUCCCAGGAGCUCCUCAGACCACACUUUGAAAACCUUUAGUGUAGUUGAUAACAUAAAUGUUACUAUAUGCUUCUUUUUUAAGAAGUUUAAGGAAUUUAUAGUUAUGUACACACAUACCUUUCUGUUUAUGACUAUUAAGUUUCUAGUUUUAUUUGAGAAAAAUUUAGAAAUUCUCUAUUUUCUUCAUAGAUGUCAAGUACAAUCUAAGCUCGAAAGGAAUUCUAUUCUACAAAUUCCUUUUUUGUAUAAGGUAUUUGUCUGUAUAACGGAGGUCACUAACGUAUUCUAUUGUCAAGAAGUUUACCCUGUAAUAAGACAGAAGAAUGUAAACUGCUAACAGUGUAGAAUAAAUGUUAAAUACGUAGAACUAGUAGUAGGCUGUGGAAAUAAUGAAAACAAAACUGAAAAGGUGCCAGUACUCCUAAAAUCCCAACUUUAGUCUUUCAGGUUGAUCAUACACAAUUUUUGAACAAGAAUUCCCCUGUGACAACUUGCUUUAUGUUUUCUGUUUUUUCCAUAAAGAUAAAUAAUUAUUUAAUGAGCAUUCUCUGUUUAUAUUCAUCACUUAUAUUUAACAAUUAAUAACAUUUUGCUAAAAUAUUUUAAAAUGAUUUUGAGACAUUGUAAUAUUUCUCAAUACCUAAGUCUGUUUUUUAAACUAAGAACACAUUCUUCCAUAACCAAAAGAGCAUUUUCACACCUAACAAAAUUAACAAUAAUUCUUCAAUAUCAUCUAUUUUUAUAUUUGAAAAUUACCAACUACCCUAAAAUAUAUUUUUAAAAUAAUUUAUUGACAAAAUCUUCUACCUGAUUCAUUCAUUGCAUUUGAUUAUUAUAUGUAAUUUGUUUGUUUACAAAGCAGUACCCUUCUCCCUAUUAUUUGUUUGGUUGAAUUUUUUUGUUUUAGUGUUCUUUUUUUAUUUUCCCCACUGAUACCUUCUUUUACCUGACAUAUUACAUUGUCUUUGUAUUAGUAAGUCUCUCUUUGGCACUCUCUCUCCUGUUUGCUUUCUUGUGUUGCUGAGAAUUUAAUCCUGUUUUUCAAUUCGUACCAAAAUAAUAGACAAGUUAGGCUUUUGAAUUUCAGUUUUUGGCUUUUCAUUUUCUUUUCUGAAAUUUUAAUUUUGGCAACAGGGGCCUAAUCUAAUAUAUAAUAGUUCUAAUAAGCUAAUAAAUGGAAUACAGUUGCAUUGUUAGCAUGAAACAUUAAUAUCUUAUUAUACUAAUAGCUAGUCUAAUGUGUUAGCCCCCAUGUGGUCAUUCAUUCUGUAAAUUACAUGCAUGUGAAUAAUCCUUCCAUCUUGCACUCAAACAGCAAAAUAUCUUAUAGGGGAAAUGUAUCUAUAACUACAAAAAAGAGUUAGAAUAUAUAAGAUGUUAUAGGUAAAGAAGUGAUUUAGGGGCACUUUUAAUGCUCCCGUCUCAGGAAAUUUAGAAAAUUUGUCACCUCUUGACUAUCACAAUUUGAUGAUGGAGGACAAGAUGCUACUGCUAACUGAUGAGUAGAAACCUGCAAUCUGCUAAACAUUUCACAAGACCUAGGACAGCACCUACAACAGAAAGUUGGCCUGGCCAAAAUGAUAUUAGUGUGGAGAUUAAUAAACUCUGGCCAACAGAACAAACUAAUGUACAAAAUAAUUUGGAAGUAUAAUUGAUGAGAAUUACAUGUUGAUUUAAUACAAGAAAACAAGGAAAAGGGAGAGUAAAAACUGAAUCGGGGAUUCCAAGUUGGUGUGUGUGUGACUGGGAGGAUUAUAUAAUAGCAGUACCAAUAAAACAAUGAGGUAGAAUAGAAUUGGAAACAUCAUGGUAAAAUCAGUAUUGGAAUGGAACAUUUAGGAAAUGUGAGACUUAAAUCCAAGAAAGUUGUUAAGCCAUGAUAUUGGAUGAAAUUGAUGAGAAAAAAGAGCACAUUAAGGAGGAUUACUGAUGAAGCCUUGUACUUAGAUGACUAGAGACUGAAGAAGAGGAAAGUCAAAAGGGGAAGAAAUAGGUAGGCACACUGUUUGUUGCGUAGGAUAGGAUUUUACGUGUGACAGUGUAGAAAUGCUGCAGGGUGAUAAGGAAGGGAAGUGAGGAAAGAUACUGAAUUUGAAAGCUCUGAUGUCUUUAGUGAUUUUUUUCACAGAGAAAUUUCUGAGUGGUGACAAAAAAUAAAUUUUAAGGACUGAGAGGAAAGUAUAGUGUCACCUGUAGGUGAAGAAAUGUGAUAGUGAAAGUAAAAUGGAAAAGAAUAGCAUUUUUACAGAAAACAAACUACACUCUGUAAACGUGAACAAAGCUCUUAGGGGAGGGUUUUUGAUUUUUAGUUCAGCUAUAACCAGUUAUCACAAACUAGUUUACUUAAAAAAACAAACUUGUCAGACAUGGUGGCACAUACCUGUAUCUCUGCACUCAAGAGGCUGAGGCUGGAGGAUUGUUGCAAGUUCAAGACCAGCCUGGACUACAAAAUGAGUGCAUGGCCAGCCUGAACUGCAUAACAAGACCCUGUUUCAAAAAGACAAAAAACAAAAACAAAACCCAGACACUUCUUUUUUCACAAUUCCAGAGACUAAAAAAUCCUAAAUCAAGCUAUGAGACAGGUCAUUUUCUGGCUGAAGGCUAUAGGGAAGAAUUCCUUCCCUGCCUCUUACUAGCUUCUGGGAAUUGCUGUGAAUCCUUGACUUGUGCUGCAUUAUACCAGAACCUACCUCUGUCUUCAGAUAAUUUUCGUCCUUUUGUGCGUGUCUGUGUCUGGAUUUCUUUCUCUUUUCUUUUAUAAAGUUACUCAGCUCAUUCUAACCCACUAUGACCUCAAGAAAUACCAGGUAGACAUGAAUGAGGAGUCGCUGUUUAAUCAGUUGAAAGAGGUAAAGAUCUUACCAAAA